CGACUACCCCAAGGCUGAGGACUGGUUGAACUGGUGGAUGGCAGAUGGGCGUGCCGAAAUGUUGUUCACUCCCUUUCAGCGCAUGCCAGAUAAUCUCUGGUAUAAUCUCGAGGACCAACGCGGAGGAGGCAAUGCAUUGGCGGAUAUACUGUGGCCUUGGCAAGUUUCAUAGCUUCGUGGCUGGAUUACAUGCACUGCGGGCAUUUUCUGAGUAUUGGCAGCUGCAAUUGGCUGGUAAUUCUUCUGGGAUUCCUCUUUUCUAUGGAAAUAUGCGGCAGUUUUGGCAGAAAUGGAAAGCCGAGCUUGGCACUACGCAUCCUUCUCGUGCACCAGACAAGAUCGCAGCCAAAAAACGAACUCGAAAUGAUGGUCGCCCCCCUGAUACAGCUCGUCAAUUACUUGGCAAUCACUCUACCAAUGGAGAGGCCCUACAUGACACAUCAUUGUCUCCGACGAAACGACCCCGCCUAAAUGACAUCAAACGAGCUUCCUAUAAGUGGUCUAACAACUCAUGUUGGCUUGAUACUUCACUCGAACUUCUUUUUGCUGCUGCCUCACGAGAUUUCGAGACAUCAUUCAGCCCCCGAAUGUCAGAGUUAACUGAUGACGACUCGCUUUCACUCCUCAGUCAUGCCCUCAAUGCUCGCGCUGUGGUGCAAGGCCCCGAUCCCUCAGCACCAGAUGAUAUUGUUGGUAUGUUGAUUGUGCAGCGUGAUAGUCUUAGAAAAGACCUCUCCGACAAGAAUAUAAUCUCGGACGUAGACUCUUUCGAAC